UUCUCGCUUCUCCAACUUUAGUGACUCGCGCGCCGCCCCGCGCUACUGACGCCUUAACGUAGUUUACGAUAGCUACUUUAUAACAACAAGCGUUACUAACGCUAUCAAUUAUCAUACUUUGAAGUUUCGUUGUGUACAAAACAUUUAAGUGUCGUGAGGUUAAAGUGAUUAGAGCACGAUUUUUUAAGAAAAAAUUGUUGCAUUCCUCAAUAAUAGCUGGAGUUCCGUGAUUUGUGCGCGGAUAUAAUUCGACUGGUUGACAAACGAGGAGAAAAUCUUUAAACUGCAAAGAAACUUCAAACAAUGACAUAAAGGCCACUGUCAAAAAUCCAAGAUGGCGCUGCGACUGAAGAAGGACAUUAAGAAGGCGUCGUACUAUGUGUGGUUCCUGGGGGCGCAGGAGUCCCGGGGGCUUCGGGGCGAGGAGUUCGCUCUGCCGGCCAUCAGGCAUCUGGAGCAGCGGGCGCGCGACUUGGAGCCUUUUAAGGUUACCUUACAGGUGUCCCACAAGGGGCUGAAGAUCAUCCAGAACGUGACGGCGAAGGGCAAGCAGCAGACGAUCAAGCACUUCAUCCCGCACGGCAGCAUCACCAGCGCUGUGGUGCAGGGCGACGUGGUGGCCUGCGUGCUGCUGCUGUACAACCCUGUUACCGGGUGUCCUGUGCAUGUACAUGCUUACAGAUGCGACUCGGACCACACGGCGGGGAUGCUGUUCGCUCACCUGCAGGCGCUCAUCGACCGGCCCGAGAACCAGAAGAAGUUCGCCGACAUCGAGCGCAAGCUGCAGACGCGGGGGGCGCUGCCGGCGGGCAAGCCGCCCGACUCCUCGCUGGGGUCGGAGGUGUCCCGGGAGUCCGAUUCUGGAAGCAACGAGGAGCGAUGCGUUGCCAACCUCUACGACAGUCUGGCGGCUGAGUUGAAGCAAAAGUUGUCUACAGGUAAAAAGGGUAUAGGCAAGAGCCCUAUUCUGCUACCACCGCGCGACUACGACACGGUCCACCGACAGAAGGGCAACCUCAGCAAUAUCGACACCCGCCGGUGUUUGAACCAGAACAUCGUCGGAGUGAACGCGAGAAGGAAGCUGGAGUCUUCGGGGGGCAGUUCUGGUAUCGGCAGCGACCUGGCCCCGUCGCCCGAACGGAAUGAUUAUGUGCGCCAGCCAGACAACCACAGCACUAGCGAGGAGGACUGGGCGGAGAGCACGGCGUACAUGAUGCACGAGGCGUUCGAGGCGUCGCCACGCCGCGCGUCGCCCGCGCGCCGCCUGUCGCCGUCGCGGCACGUGUCGCCGCCGCGUCGCCUGUCGCCGUCGCGCCGCCACUCUCCGCCGCGCCAUGCCUCGCCACCGCGCCACGCUUCACCACCGCGUCGCCGCGCGUCGCCCCCGCGCCGCCACUCACCGCCGCGCCGCGCGCUGUCCCCGCGCCGCUUCGACCGCCCCGCCUACAACCACGACGCCUUCGACGACCAGUUCCGCGACCAGCUCGCGCCCUUCCGCGAGCAGGCCGCCUUCGACCGCCGCUUCCGCCACGAGUCGCUCGAGCGGAUCAACAAGAUCGACAAGCAGGACAAGUUCCCGGACGAAGCGCCGGCCUACAGGAGGAGAUACGCCGCAGAAAGUAAACCCUCGAAUCGGAACAUAGAGCGAGUCGAGGAGCGGCGGUUCGGCAAACUGCAGCGCGGUGCCAGCGAGGGCAGCCUCAAGGUGGCGGACACGUCGCCCAAGGACCGCUUCCACGUGGCCAAGGAGAAGUUCAUGAACCUGGAGCGCGAGCGGUUCAACCGCGAGCUGGAGCAGCACAUGGCCAUCCGGCGGAGCAUGCUGGAGAGGAACGGCCGCUCGACUUCUUCCCCAGAGGAAGAGCGACGAGACGAGCGGCCAGAGAGGAGAGAACCGGCGCGGCGGGAGGAGCGUCUGCGAGGGUUGGAGCGCACACACCGCGGGGAGCGCGGGGACGACGCGCCGCUGCACCUGGAGCGCCUGCCGCGCCUGGGCCGCAAGCGCGACGACACGCGCUACGAGUACGGCAGCGAGGACUACCUGGACCGGGAACCACGGCUGGACCGGGAGCCGCGCCUGGACCGCUACCGGCGCGAGCUGGACCGCCGCAUCGACGAGGACGACGUCAUCGAGCCCGUCAUCGAGGAGCGCAAGCGCGACUGGAACGACCGCCAGCGAGCGUUCAGCCGCUCGCGCCUUCUGGACGAGAGCGACAGAGACAGGGAGAGGUUCUACGAGCGCGACUACCGGGAGCUGCGCGAACAGCCGGCCAAGUUCCGCCACAGCUACGCGGACCCCCUCCCCCGCGGCCGCCUCGGAGCGGUGCGCCCCUACUGACCCACAUGCCAUAUUCAUAGUCCUUAGUUCGGUCGUACCUUUGACACCCGCAGAUUGCGGACAGAUAUUUAUCAUUAAAAAACAAUUAAAAGUUUAGUUUAUUAGCAGUUUUGAGUCGACGCUGGAACAAAGCUUGAUUGUUUUGUUAUAUUGUACCUAGGUAGGUAGGUAUGUCAUAAUUUUGUUUCGUAAAGCGAAGUCAUUAGUUUCGCUCGUGAGGUUGACUUCUCAAUUUUAAUGAGAAAAGUAAUGUUGUUUGAAUGUUAAUUUGUAUUAGGUAUGUUUAAAGUAUAAAACGUGUAUUGUAGAGACACCUAGACGGAGCUAGCUUGUACUUAGAUACUAAGUACUUAUUAUAGGUAGGAAUAUUCCAUAUUAUUUUUACAUUUGUAGGCAUCGUUUUUUAUAUCCAAUCUGAUAAAAUAUACAGUAGAGUUCAACUUACGUAAGUAGACAGUUAAAUUUUCCUAGCUUUUUAGCUUUUGUUUGAUUUUUAACCGACUUCAAAAACAGUAGGAAGUUCUCAAUUCGUCGGGAUCUUUUUUUUCACUACUUGCGUUGUACGUACUUCCUUAUUAUUCCAAGUUUACUUAGCGUUAAUGAAUAUAUUGGAUAUACAAAACGGUCAAACGCUAUGGUACUAGGUAUUUUUUUAUAUCGAUUGUUUAGAUUUAAAAAUACUCAUAUAUCAUAAUUUCUUCAUAAAAAUCAUUACUUCCCAUUAGUUUUGUAAAUAUGUUAGAUAUCCUUUAGAUAGCCUAUGUUGUAAUAUACACACAUAUGAAAUUACUGUAUGUAUUUAGGAUAUAUUUUUAGUAUCUAAAUCUAAUAUGCUUAUAAACGAUUAUAUUUAAAGUUGCCAAAUUAACUUUUACUGUAUUAAAAACUUUAUAAAAACAAAAUAAUUCGAGAAUAUUAUACUUCAGUCGUUAUAACUUUAGAAAGAAAACAAAUUAUUGCACUGAAAUGUUGAGAUUUAUAGAUAGGUAUACAAAAAAACUAUUACUUAUAUCAGAAAUUGUUGAUUUAUAUAUGAUAAAUAUCAUUGUUAUAUAAAAUGUUAUGCAAAAUCUAUAUUUUAGUAACAACCAGUGGUAUUCUCUACAAAGUCCGUCCGUUAGUGGUUUAAUUAUCAAAGAUGUAUUAUUUUGUGAAAUAUAAAUAAAUGUUUAAUAAUUCAA